AUGAUAACAGCCACAACUAAAUUAGAUAACAUACAGGGCACUGUCCUGAGAAGAACCUUCGGCUCAUUUAAGACAACGCCAACAAGAGCCCUAGAGGCAAUAACUAAUAGUUCCUCCCUAGACAUUAAAGUCAAAGAAUUAGCAAUGAAAACAGCCAUGAGACUGCAUGGCUGGGGUCAUUGGGAAGAUAUAGGAACAGGCUACAGCCAAAUUAUACAACAGAAUGGCAAUGAAACCAUAAAAGAAAUGUACUUAAUGCCGAAAGAUAGAUUAAUUACAGAACACAUCUUCAAGAAAAGAUAUGAAACAAAGAUAGACAGCCGAGAAACAUGGAACACCACCAAAUUACACAAUGAAAACGACAUAGUUUGGUGCACUGACGGCUCUAGAAAAGACAACCUUUCUGGCGCAGGCUGGUACUGCGGGAAAGGAAUGAAUAGCGAAGGCUUCAAGCAACUUGGGAAAUACGCGACAGUAUACCAAGCUGAAGUAAUAGCCAUCUCAGAGUGCACGCAAGAAAUGAUCAACCUCGGUACAAAUAACAGAAGAAUAACCAUAUGCACCGACAGCCAAGCGGCUAUCAAAGCAUUAAAUAAAGCUGAAAUAACAUCAAAAAUUACCAAAAAAUGCAAGACAAGAUUGAACUCACUCGCCAGAAACAACAAAGUAAAAAUCCAAUGGUUACCGGGACAUAAUGGCAUAAUGGGCAACGAAAGAGCCGAUAGUCUAGCCAACAAGGGUUCAGACGAACCUCCUAUAGGCCCAGAACCAAUUAUCGCAUUACCAGAAACAGCGUACACGUUAGAGUUCGAGAAACUAAGAAACACCAUCAAGAAAAGAAAAUGGGAAGAAACACAAGGGUGCGAGGAAGCCAAGACACUGCUCGGCACCGAAACCAACAACAACAAGAGAAUUAGAAAGAUACUCAACCUAAGUAAAGAAGACGCUAGAAAUGUAGUAUGUAUACUGACAGGACACGCCCCCCUAAAAGCGCACCUAAACACAAUGGGUAAAUGCCCCGACAAUAUCUGCAACUAA